UGGACAAUACUUGAAUUGAAGUCCAACAAGAAUUCGUUGGACGAGCACGUUCAUUACAUUUACAAGAUGCCUUAUCCACAUAGAGUGGUGACUAUUCCCACGGGAUUCAAGGACUUGCUUGAGGGAGUGAGCAAGGCUGUGGUGAAGUAUCAACCUGAGAGUAUUCCUGCCUUCGCAGCGGUCUUCUUCAAUGCGCUUCUUAUCUUCAGAGACGAGAAGCCAAGCAUGCCUAUCCAUGAGCUUAUGAAAGAAUUCAGGGCAGCAAAAGGCUCUCAUUUCUACAGGAACAAAAAUAAAGCUGUAAAACCACAAGUAGAGCCGCAGGUCACUGUCCAAGGUCCUGAAACGUUCCCCCGCCACAAGCCACUCCUGGAAUGGGAGGCAGGCCCGCUGCUAAUGGAAGCUAGAUGUGAGGAUGUCAGGGACCCUUUCUCCUUCAUCUCUAGUGACCAGCCCUGCAGCAGCCGAUACAUCCAGGCUACGGAUGCAGUGGCAGGAGCAUCUACUGACAGUGACCAGAACGAGUGUGACCUGCAGGUCUCUGCCACCACCAUCACACUGUCCCCAGGGCCCAUCCCAGCAGACAUUGCCCAGGGCCUGGCCCUGUACCGCCGCAAGAUUGACCUAGAGUUGUCCCCCCGGGACUCUCCUCCACUCGGGGCUUCCGCCAACAACUUCUGCACGCGUGUCCGUUCGGCCCUCUUCGAGCGGGUCUCCUUCAGCGAGAUCAGUCAGGAGUUGGAUGCCGUGCUGAUCCGGACUAGCAUGCUCCCGUCAGAGUCCCUGAUCAUCGUGCAGACAGAGCAAGUACCCGAGAUGAUUGUGUUCCAGGCUCAUCCCCUAUUGGCUGAGAGCGCAGCGGCGGCUCCAUCUCCGUGUGACGUCCCUGUCAGGUCUAAGUGCAGCUGUGCCUCGAUGGUGGGCGCCCUCAAAGACGUGAUGGCACCAUUGGAGGUGCCUAGCUAUCCCAUCUUUGCAUCCAUCUGUGACAUAGAAGCUCCCGUGGUGGAGAGACCAGAUGCCAUGGUCUCUGAGCCUGAGGAGUCUCCAGCCCUUGGAGACAAGGUUGUUCCCCUUGAGGUCCACUCUGCACCAGUCAAACCCCUGGAGAUGACACCCUCAAGGCCCUCCAUCCCAGUUACAACACCGGAGCUCCCUGGUUCAGCCCCUGCUGUGUCUGAGUCCCCUGCUUUGGCUGUCCAAGAGGUGCAGAUUAGUGUGACCAAUCGUCCUCUCUCAGCCAUCCUACACUCCUUCUCUGGUGGAACUCCACCAUCAGAGACAGCAGAGGAUGUGAUGCUGGUUCCUAUGGUAGUGUCCCCUCCUGAACCAGUCAAAAAGGCGGCGAGAGAGUAUUCUGAUCUUCUAUGUCCUCUUCCUGCAGCAACAUUGGAGACUGAGUCUGUUAGUCUGAUUUGUCCCCCUCCUUCUGCAGUGACUGUGGAGAUCCAACCUUCCAUUCUGGCUUCUCCCCUUACUGCUGCAACCGUGGAGACACAAUCCUCCAAUCGUAUUUGUCCUUCUUCUGUGGUCACCAUUGAGACUGAAUUGGCGAAUAUCCUAUCUCCUCCUGCUGCAGAGACAGAGGAGGCCGAAUCUUCUGUUGUGACCUGUCCCCAUACUGCAGUGACCGACGACAUUGUGGCCCCUGUUUCUGUUUGCCUCCCUGUUGUGUCACUAGAGGAGACCAGUGUCCCCAGUGUGCAGCUCUCAGCUCCCACGCCUGCCUUGACAGAGGAAACUCAGUCCCAGUCUGCUUCACCAUGCCUACCCACCCUCCCGGCCACAGGAGAGUCCAGAACCCCCUUCUUGGUCUACCUCCCACUGCCUGCUCCAGAGCUGUCCAAGACCCCUGGUCUGUUGUGCCAACUGGGCCUGGGACCAGAGGAGGCCAAGAACUUCCCUUUCCUGUGUCUCCCAAUUUCUGACAUCCCCAGGACCCCAAGUCUUGUGGCUGCCAGCCCGGCUCCAGCUCAGACUGUGGCUUCGGAUUUACCAAGGACCAACCUCCCUGGAGUGACAGAUAUCCCCAGGACCCUGAGUUAUGUGGCGGCUGGAGCUCAGGAACUACCACAGCUCCAAAGCUAUGCGGCUUACACCUCUGAAGUCCAGGUGCCACAGAGGACCCCCAGCUAUCUGGCUAACACCUCUGAAGUCCAGGGGCCACAGAGGACCCCCAGCUAUCUGGCUAACACCUCUGAAGUCCAGGGGCCACAGAGGACCCCCAGCUAUCUGGCUAACACCUCUGAAGUCCAGGGGCCACAGAGGACCCCCAGCUAUCUGGCUAACACCUCUGAAGUCCAGGUGCCACAGAGGACCCCCAGCUAUCUGGCUAACACCUCUGAAGUCCAGGGGCCACAGAGGACCCCCAGCUAUCUGGCUAACACCUCUGAAGUCCAGGGGCCACAGAGGACCCCCAGCUAUCUGGCUAACACCUCUGAAGUCCAGGGGCCACAGAGGACCCCCAGCUAUCUGGCUAACACAUCUGAAGUCCAGGUGCCACAGAGGACCCCCAGCUAUCUGGCUAACACCUCUGAAGUCCAGGGGCCACAGAGGACCCCCAGCUAUCUGGCUAACACAUCUGAAGUCCAGGGGCCACAGAGGACCCCCAGCUAUCUGGCUAACACCGCUGGAGUUCAGGAAAUACCACAUAACCCCAGCUAUCUGACGAACUCAGCUGUCUUCCAAGAUAUGUGCUUUAUGUGCCCCUCCGUUACCGCCGCCAAUCUGUCCAGGAACAAUAGCUUUGUGCACUCUCCGGCUGCCAUGGCUCCACAGGAGCAGAUUAGGGGCCCAUGUAUGGUGUGCCGUCCCUUCUCUCUGUACCCCCAGGGAGGGCCUGGGAUGCGCCACUGUACCCACUCCCCAGGGCAGUGUCCUGCAUCUCUGCAGCAGCAGGCUGGCAUGGCUCCGCUCAACCACGGACAGCAGACCAACACCAACUUCAUGCCCCUUUGUUCUCAAGGGCCAAGCCCGUGUAGCAGCCUCAGCAGGAACGGCAGCCACUGGCGCCUCUGCCACCUGACGCGACCCGAGUCCCAGGGCAAGAUGGGCGGCAUGAUCUGCCCCUACCAGAACUCCCUGACCAUGAUGCACUGCAACAGCCUGGAUCACAUGGCAAACAUCCCCAUGUACCAGGACUGUGGCCACUACUCUAGCAGCUACCACCUGCUGCCACCAUGCUCCCAGUCGUCCCACGGUGGCCUGCACACCCACCACAUGGCCGAGACCCGUUGCCCCGCUCACAACCUGGGCACCUCCUUCGUCCAGCCCCAGCCCCAGACCUGCUCCUCCGACCCCCUCUUCCACUUCCCCCAGCAGAACCACCUGGUGGCCACCCCCUCCCAGGAGAGGCAGCAGGCCCAGGCUCAGGCCCUGUGCCAUCUCCAGUGCCCACUACUGCAGCAGCGCCACAGCUCCCUGCUCUUGUGUGGGCACCAGGAGGAGCUGAGCAGGCUGGGCUCCUCCAGCUGUGUCCCUGCCACCAACCGGAGACUGAACCAGGGGGGGGUGGAGCAGAAGGACAACAUACCCAGCUGCGCAUCACUUCAUAACAAAAGAAUAGACACAAGCUCAAACAACAAUCAAGGCUGCAUCAUGAACUGCAAUCCCCAGGGCAACUAAUCCUGUCUUCACAUAAGAAGGGCCUAAUUUUUGUAGUUGCCAAUGUCUCUUUUGCAUUCUUUUAAACUGAUAAUAAUGAAUAAAUAUACUUACAUGGCA